GGAGGCGCCGUCCCCGUCUGCGCCCCGCUCGUAUCAUGUGACCGAGGAGCGCUCGGGGGCCUGAGGCGGUGGACGCGAGGAGCUGCGGGUCCUGGGCGAGGGCGGACGGCGGGGCGGCAUGGAGGCGACUUUGGAGCAGCACUUAGAGGACACAAUGAAGAAUCCAUCCAUCGUUGGAGUCCUGUGCACAGAUUCACAAGGGCUUAAUCUGGGCUGCCGUGGGACCCUAUCAGAUGAGCAUGCUGGGGUGAUAUCUGUUCUAGCCCAGCAAGCAGCUAAGCUAACCUCGGACCCCACUGAUAUUCCUGUUGUGUGUCUAGAAUCAGAUAACGGGAACAUUAUGAUCCAGAAACAUGAUGGCAUCACAGUGGCAGUGCACAAAAUGGCUUCUUGACGUCUCCUGUCAGUUCUGCAGCAGCGUGUCAUAGGCACUUGAUCCUAUCUGUGUUAAUUAUCUUAUAGAACAUUAAAGUUCCAGUAGUUAAGCCAUUCAUUUAAUGUACAUUGAGCACUUUUCUGUUAAUUUUAGAGUAAGCUGCUUUUUGACACUGUAUGACUACUAGUUAAGAAAGGAUCAUGUUUUGAAGCAGCAGGUCCAGGUCAUUUUGUAUAUAGAAUUUUGUUAUGUUCAAUAAAUUUGGUUGGAGGAAAGCUUGUUAAA